AUGAAAACCAAGGCUCGUUUGUCUCUGCAGCAGCAGCAGCAGCAGCAGCAGCAGCAGCAGCAGCAGCAACAGCAGCAGCAGCAGCAGCAGAAACGGCCAAAAAUGCAGCGAAAACGGCAAAAAAAUGAAAGAAUUAGCAGCAGCAGCAGCAGCAGCAGCAGCAACAGCAGCAGCAGCAGCAGCAACAGCAGCAGCAGCAGCAGCAAACAAAAAGAGAACAGUCGAUUUGUAAAAGAAAACCAACAGAAGCAGCAGCAGCAGGAGAAGCAGCAGCAAAAGCAGCAGCAGCACGAGCAAUAG